AUUUAUAUAUAUAUUCUAUUUGAAGAGCAAAGCAAAGCAACCCCUUUGUUUCUGUUUUGACAGAAACUUGUUGCAGAAUUUCACUUAUUGUUCAGUUUUCUCGAUUCUGUAGGAAGCAAACAUGACUAUUGCUGAUGGGGGAGAUUCGCCUACAAGGCUUGAGGGAAAGGUUAGUGCCAUAAUUGUCUGUUGGCUUCUGGGGUUUGGAUCUCUUGUUUCAUGGAACAGUAUGCUGACUAUUGGAGAUUAUUACUAUAAUUUGUUCCCUGACUACCAUCCUUCCAGGGUUCUUACUCUGGUUUAUCAACCUUUUGCAUUCAUAACAAUGGCGAUAUUGGCUUACAAUGAAUCGAAGAUAAAUACCAGAAGAAGGAACAUAUUUGGCUACUUCCUUUUCUUUGCAAGUACUCUCAUGCUCAUAGUGAUGGAUUUAGCCACAUCAGGGAGCGGAGGAAUUGGACCCUUCAUUGGUAUAUGUUCAUUUGUUGCUUGUUUUGGUGUUGCGGAUGCCUUUGUUCAAGGUGGAAUUGUUGGUGAUUUAUCUUUCAUGCUCCCUGAAUUUAUCCAGUCCUUCUUUGCUGGUUUGGCUGCAUCUGGUGCUGUGACCUCUGCUUUGAGAUUUAUCACGAAAGCGGCUUUUGAAAAGUACGACAAUGGUCUUCGAAAAGGGACAAUGUUGUUUCUAGCUAUAUCUGCAUUUUUUGAGUUCCUUUGUCUCAUGUUGUAUACAUAUUACUUCCCUAAAUUGCCAAUUGUGAAGUACUUCCGGUCGAAGGCUGCUUCUGAAGGAGCAAAAACUGUGAAAGCUGAUCUUGUUGCGGCUGGCAUCCAAACAAAAGAUGACCAAUAUGAAGACAAUGCUGAUCAGGUUGAUAGGUUAAGUAACAAGCAAUUAUUCCUUCAAAAUAUAGACUAUGGGCUUGACCUUUAUCUGAUAUAUGUCUUGACAUUGUCGAUUUUCCCCGGUUUCUUGUACGAAAACACUGGUGAACACCAAUUGGGUUCAUGGUAUCCACUUGUGUUGAUAGCAGCGUACAAUGUGUGGGAUCUGAUAUCAAGAUAUCUUCCCCUUGUGAAAGUCUUGAAGAUAGAGUCCAGGAAAGGCCUUAUGAUUACAAUACUUUCUCGUUUCUUAUUGAUCCCGGCUUUCUACUUCACCGCUAAGUACGGUGAUCAAGGUUGGAUGAUAUUCCUUGUAUCGUUCCUCGGUUUAACGAAUGGUCACCUUACCGUCUGUGUCAUGACUGCAGCACCUAAAGGCUACAAGGGACCAGAGCAAAAUGCUUUAGGAAAUAUACUGGUACUGUGUUUACUGAGUGGAAUAUUUUCAGGGGUUGCUUUGGACUGGUUAUGGCUCAUUGGUAAAAAGAAUGCCUUUUAAAAGAUAAUACUUCUUUUGUCAAUGGAUGAAAUUUCAGAUUGAUGUUUUUAAUUUGUGAUAAUCAUGGUUGAUAUGGCCAUAUCUUUCUAUAUCUUUAUUUUAUUGUUCAGUACAAAUUUUUCAAUAGCAGAAAUUACCUACAAACUGAUUCUGAGAA